CAUAGAACUGUAAGUACUUCGGUGGCUCGUUAAACUUUCCACAAUGACUGACUGCGUCCAUGCUAUCACUGUGUUCAUUUUUUGCCUGGCAGUUUCAAACGCGGACAUUACAGUAAAUCAACCGCCUUCGAAAUCGACUUCUCUCGGAGGAACCGUCCAAAUAAGUUGCACCUUGUCCGGUGCCACUUUAGGAAGCAGCAACAUAUAUUGGUACCAGCAGAAAUCUGGAAAUGCUCCUCGGUAUCUGCUUUAUCAUUAUUCUGGAAGCAGCACGCACAGAGCCUCCGGUGUUCCCGACCGGUUUUCUGGCUCGGUAUCCGGCAACACGGGAACGUUAACUAUUAGUAACGUUAAGUCGGAGGACGGAGCGGACUAUUACUGUGCUAUAUGGAAAAACAGCAUGUACAACUUCGGUGAAGGAACCGAACUGGGUCUUGGCAACCCACAGGAACCAUCGGUCUCUCUCCUUCCGCCUUCAUCGGAUCAAAUUACAGCGAAAAACACGGCGACCCUGGUGUGUUUGGUGAGCGGUUUUAGGCCAGGAGCUGUGGAGAUUGAAUGGACUGUCGAUGGCAGUGUCAGAGGUAAUGGGGUUGAGACCAGUCGGAUCCAGCAGGAGACAGAAAACACGUUCAGUGUGAGCAGUUAUCUGACCCUGUCAGCCUCAGACUGGAACUCACACGAGCUUUACUCCUGUCUGGUUAAACACGAGACUCAGGCAAACCCGUUUCGAUCAAGCAUCUCAAGAUCCAGUUGUAUGUGAUUUCGGAGACUGUACUUGACCCAGCUGAGAAUAUUUGUUCAUUCCUACUAAUUUCUUUCAUGCAACGAAAAGGGCAGUAAUUGAUUGUAUUUCGGAGAUUUAAGCAAUUAGCCAUGGCGGUUGGAUCUUCGCUUUGUAAGAAUUUCUGUUUUCAAAGACUCUUCCAUCGAGAGAUUGCCGGUGUUAAUUGAAACGUCGAUGUUUAUUAAUUUACCUUUAUGCACCGAUAACGAUAAUUAAAAUGCAACAAUAUGGUUAUUGCACCUUAAUCAUUUAAUCUGUAUUAGACUUUUCCAGUACAGGCGUUGAAUAAAGUAA